GCUCUCAUUCGGUGUGGAGUUGCUCCGGGACCGGACGGAGGGAGAAAAUAGUCACCGGUGGACAUCUACUUGUUGGACGAUCGGCACUUCAUCCACGGAGCUGCAGCUUUAUGGGGGGAGCCACAAUAGCACAGACCACUUGGACAGCGUGCAGGCCUUGCAGAUGUCAACCAGAAGAUGACCUCACACGGUUUUGAUCCACGAGGUGGUAAUGUGAUGGUAAUGCAACAACUUCUUCAUUUAUGUUCCAUUUGACGCAAACAUAAGUCCGGUCCUGCUUGCCUCGGUGAACAUUCAACGCUGUCGGUGAGUUUGGUAUGGAUCACAUAAAAACCAUCGACCGUUGACUGUGCCCUGAGGUUCGCCCAGACGACGUCAAGCGAUGAGCAAAAGAAUGCAUCGACGGUGCAUGAGGGGGCGCAUGGAAAUCCAGAAACACGCAAAACCAUGUACAGAAGUCACACUGUGGCUCCGGGACCUCAAAAGGUCACAAUCAACAUUCAUUGCUGUCGCUGGGUUGGACUGUGUAGAAAAGCUCACUGAACAAUGAGUGCAACUGUGGCCUAGAUCUGCCUUGACGGCCCAGUCUCGGCCAAUCAGCUAAACCGGAUGUGAAAUGCUGUGAUUUUUGUAUUUAUUUCCUUCUUGUUUUUCCACUUCUAUAUUCUGGCUACCGGGAGUCUUGGUGGUGUGGAGGAGAAGGAGGAGGUGUAGGGAGAUAGCGACACAAAUAGACUUCUGGCUUGUCCUCAUCCACCUCUCAUCUAAUUAGUAGUUAUGUGUGCAGCAAGGGGGAAGGAAGCGGAGUUGAAUGUGUAAUCAUUUGGAGCCUCUUCUCUUUCAGAUGUUGCAUCCCUCUCCUUUUUUGUUUGUCUAAUUAUACAGUGCGCUAGUUUAACUCCGUGUUAACCGCCAGCCAAGCGCAGCUUGCCAGUAAAGGACCAAAGGAACAAAUAAGCACUAGAAUUAGUCCAGUUUGUAAGAUAGUCUUUUCCGGUGUUGCUUUAAAAGGCAGCGAUAAAGGGAUUGUUUUGAUCUUUACAACCGAGGAUGUCCUAUUGUCUGUGCUGUCCGGUUUCCUGUGUGUGUGUGCGUGUGUGUGCGUGUGUGUGUGCUUUAAACACCGCUCAUUUCACAUGUAGUGUACUCUCUUCUUUUCAAAUAAAGUCAAACCUGAAGCACUGGUGUGAGUGUAUUGUAUUUGUAUAUUCUUUGUACUUGCUCCCGCUUGCAUCCACUUUAUCAGUGAGAAAGUCAUAAUAUGACAAAUAGAAGUAAAAACAUGACAUUUUUUGACAUUUUUAUACAUCAAACGAUGGUUAUUUAAUUGUAAUACAGUUAUGGCUUUUUUGUAAUUUAUUAUAUUUAAUUUGCUCUUUUUUUACAUGGAAUUCAGAUUUUUUUCUACAUAAAUUGUUAAUUAUUGGAACAUUUCCAUUGAUCCAUCCAUUUUCUAUGUCGCUUAUCCUCAUUAGGAUUAUGCUGGAGCCUAUCCCAGCUGUCUAUGGUCGAGAGGCGGUGUACAACCUGGACUGGUCGCCAGCCAAUCACAGGGCACAUAUAGACAAACAACCAUUCACACUCACAUUCAUACCUAUGGACAAUUUGGAGUCGCCAAUUAACCUAGCAUGUUUUUGGAAUGUGGGAGGAAACCGGAAUACUGGAGAAAAAACACGCAUGCACAGGGAGAACAUGCAAACUCCACACAGAGAUGCCUAAGUGGAGAAUCAAACCCAGGUCUUCCAGAUCUCCUGACUGUGUGGCCUACAUGCUAACCUAUUGGAACAUUAAAAAUUCUAACUUUGUUGUCACAAUAUGACAACUUAAUGUUCUUUUCAAAAUAUUUUAUUAUUAUAUUAUUGUAUAAAUGUGCUCCUAAAAAUCAUAAUUGCAUUGCUUUACUCUUCUGUACUCUUUUUUUUAAUCCACAUUUGUUUUAUUCCCACAUUGUUAAAAUUUUUGAUGUUCUUGUGACUAUAUUAAAAUUAUGCCAAAGAAAUAGUAAUAAAAUAAUAAUAAUAAUAACUUCCCACAUGAAGCUAUGGUUUAAGCCUUGUAAGGACGACAAAUGUAAAUAAAUUACAUUAAUAUUACAAUUUUACAAAUUGAUGUUCACAUAUCCUCUGUCUUGUAAAAGUGCUAAUUUUAUCUCGUAAAAUUCUUAUUCAGACUUCGGUGAUGUUACCACUAUAUUCUAAAACCAAUAAAGUCAAACAUGAAAUGCAGCUUUAGUAUUUUUGUAUUGGUGCAUAUUAAUCCUAUACAUGCCCCCGCCGCACCCCCCGUCAUCAGCCACCCCCGCCAGUCCCUCUGUAUUAUUCAUAAAAAAGCACUCUGUGCACUGGUGCAGAAGAAUGGAAGUGAUGUAACAGUGGCUGCAAGCAUGCCUCCUGACUGUCACUUGGGAUGGAUUCAAACUACAGCAGCUGAAAAAAAUGUUUGCUCAGCUUUGUUGAGCAAAGGCAUGGAACCAUGAUGAUGAUGAUGAUGAUGAUGAUGGCAUCACACCAGAUUAACUUAAAAUAUAGCAAAUGUGAAGGUGCAAAUGCAGUGUAGUGUUUGUUAUCUAUAAAUAUCAAGCUAAGGUUCACUGAUGCCAAAAUAAAGCAGGAUGAUGUGGCGUGUUACUAUAUCAAAUGCACUCUUUGGAGCACAACUCAAAUGAUGCAAUAAAAGAAGCGUGUGCACAUGAUGCUAAAAAUUCUAAUUACAAUAAUUGUUUCUAUAUGGAUUGUAACUCUUCUUGUGUUUUUUUAUGAAAAAUAAGUACUAUUGCUCAUUAUUGCAGCUUUCAUCCACAAUCAGGCAGGCUAGGGGGAAAGCUGUAUACAGUACAGUAAAGUACCAGUCAUGUCACCAGUGUUUAUUACUUAUGAUUUAAUGAGAUUGGUAUAUAAUAUGACUCAAAACUAACAGAUACUGUAUUAGGCAUAUAAAUGUAAAAUGAUUUUAAUAAUAUUUAAUCAUGCAAGUGACUUAAUUAUGCGUUCAUAAUUAAUAUAAAACAUUGUAUUUUGUUUAUCAGUGGCCAAAUUUAAAGAUUGAAAAAAAUAAAAAAAUAAAAUUAAAAAAAUUGAUUGUGUAAUACACCUUGCUAACAUUAGAUGGCAGCAGUGUCCACCAACACAGGAAAGAUGCACUUCCUGAUUUUUUUCCAUGUCCGGAAGAGAGAUUACUGUCACACGUUUUAAUGUUCAUACCGGCUGAUACCGCUGACACGACUUUCUCAUUUUUAAAGCAAUAUGUCACAUUUUGGCAUUAAUCAAACCGACGGAACGACAGCUCCUGAGACGUGACAAAAUGUGCAUUUAUGGUGAUGCUAACAUCGUCCGUAACAUACAGGCUAACCUAGCUUUAGCCACUGUGCAAUGAUGACGAGGAGUGGAUGAAGAUGCUAUAAGCAGGCAAGAGCUCUGCAACCAAGGGGAGCCAUGGAAAGUGUUGGAAGAGAGGGGUGUGGUCAUGGUAGUCUCUUUGAGGACCAGGACUUCCCCUCGGAUGACUGCUCCUUGUUCUGUGACAGUUCCACACCCAUCUCCAGGCUGCGAGGACAUGUCACCUGGCUCCGUCCACAGGAGAUCUGCCAGUCACCUGUUUUCUUCCCAGACAACAUCCAACAGAGCCAUCCCAAGCAAGGCUUACUGGGAGACUGCUGGUUUCUGUGUGCUUGUUCCAUGCUGAUCAAGAACAAACAUCUUCUGGAGAAAGUCUUUCCUGCUCAGCAACCUCUGUGGGGUGACAGCAAAUACCAGGGCUCCUUUCGCUUUCACUUUUGGCAGAAUGGACACUGGAUGGAGGUGACCAUCGAUGACCGCCUGCCCUGUGUUGACUCAGCUCUGUGCUUCUCACACUGCGAUGCUUCUUCCGCCUUCUGGGUGGCUCUGCUGGAGAAGGCAUACGCCAAACUUCAUGGCUCAUACGAGCGACUGUGGGCGGGGCAGGUUUCCGAGGCCUUGGUGGACUUAACUGGGGGUCUUGCAGAGUGCUGGAUUUUGUCUGACGUUGGUUCAGAGGAGGAACGCCAACCAGAAGAGAGUCCGAAUCAGGCCAGGAUGACCAAAAGGCCGGACCUGGAUCUCAUAUACACAAUGAGAGCUUCUUGUGCUCUCAUUUGCUCCACUCAAAACGUAUUUGGGGGAGGUGUUGAGCUGGGUCAGCAGCACCAUGCCAUGACUGUCAUAGAGUGGUUGGAUGUGAAGACAGUAGUAGGGAGCAGCGGAGUGAGACUGUUCAGGAUCAGAAACCCCUGGGGGAGGGGCUGCUGGGGCGGAGCUUGGACAGAAAGUGGAGCUGGCUGGUCCUCUCUUGACUCAUCUGAGGCUUUGGAACUCCAAGCCAGGGUGUUACAGGGUGAGUUCUGGCUGGAUGAGUCUGAAUUCCUAUCCCAGUUUGAUGAUGUCACAGUCGGCUACCCUAUCAAUGAGGAGGGGCACCUGCAAAGCGUCUAUACUGGAAACCUGCUACCUCACCGCCAUCAACUUCCUGGCCGCUGGAUUAAGGGUCUCUCCUGUGGUGGAAGUCGAAACAGCAGCAGCUACUGUAGCAACCCCAAGUUCUGGCUGAAGAUGUGCGACAGAGGUGAGGUUCUCGUCUCCCUGCUGCAGCACAGAAAGCGGAGCCAAAUGGCAGAGGAUAUCACGAGACGCCAGCACAACCAUGCCAUCGCGUUGCACAUGUGGAAGGUGGAGAAGAAGCGUUUUAAUCUGAGCUGCACUUUAAACAAACCCCCGUGUGCUUCGACUCACUGCCAUGCCCAUCAGAGAGAAGUGGUGCUUCACGGGCAGUUGGAGCCCGGACACUAUCUUCUCAUCCCCAGCACCUACCAGCUAGGAGCAGAGGCCCGCUUCCUCGUCAGGGUUUUCUCGUCGUCCUCCUUUUCCCUCAGUGCCAUGAAGUGCCCAGCACCUUCCCUGCCAUCAACUACAGACGGAGCGUGGGAGCCCACAUACUUUCAGGGCUCAUGGGUAGAGGGAAACUCUGCCGGAGGAAGCAGGAACUUCGCUUCUCACCGACGGAACCCUCGCUUCCCGUUUACAAUUUGUGAUGAUCCCGUAGCUCCAUUGGGUGCCAACGUCAGUGUUAUGCUGAGCCAGAGCUGCGCCGAGACUGACCUGCACCCCAUCGGCUUUCAUAUCUAUAAGGUACCAGCAGGCGAACAAAGUCGGACCAUCCCCAGUGAGGAUCCAGUCACCAGCUGUGUUCCUCACUGCUACACUCAGGAUGUCACAAUGGCCUGCUCUCUUCCAGCCGGAGCUUAUGUCAUCGUACCAUCCACAUACCAGCCUGACUGCACUGGAGACUUCACCAUCUGCCUUUCUCGCAGAGUAGACAGGAGAGUUGUGAAAAGCCAAGAGAAGCUGGGAAGAACCAUUCAAGAGGUGUCUCACAUCUCUGUGAUGCAACGCUAGCGCUCUUGGACAUCGGCACAGGAUGAAAGGACUUCCCCCUGCGCCCUCAACAUACAACUAUGCAUGUGGACCAGUGGGAAUGUGUGUGUCCGUCGGGACAUCCCUUUAUCCUGAAUUGCUGAGGCUCAGGGCUUGAUGGGCACACCACUCAUUGGCCAUUAGGACAUCAGAGAUUGUCGGUGGGCUGGGCUGCUAAUGAACUAUGACGGGACUGGCUGGUGUAAACAAACAGCCGCCAUUGAAGAAGGCCGCCACCGCUGUUUGCUCAUUCAGUCGCUGAUGCGCCUGCCGGACCAGAACAAAGGGUCCUCUCAUGAAGGUCCUCACAGAAGCGGGCAAGGGGUGAGGGGUUGGUCUCGCAAACGCUCAGCCUACCAAACCACACCACGAUACAUCGUGCCAUACAUAACCAGAAUUGUCUACCAUUCUCCUUAUUCAACUCAUCCAACGGUUCCCCUCAAGAAAUCCCAUCCACAUCCUCAACUCCCUUUAUGUUCAGUCCACCACUUUGACUGGAACAGAGCCUUCACGAGCCACCACAGGCGGCAGGAUGGAAGGGAUGAAACAAGGGAUGCGGCACAUCAGAGGAGGUCGGCCCGUGUGAAGAUGGUGCCAAUUGGUUUUGUAUUGUUUGCCUCCUGCCCAUCCACCAUAUCUCUGUGUGCUAAAAUGAAAGGCUUUCUGAUGACUGAAUCACUUGGAGCCAGCCACUGCCAAAGAGUAUAAAAAGUGGCGUUUUCUAUGUUUGACAUCCAGAUCCACAAUUUUUGCCUCUAUUCACCACCACAUUGGAUGUGAAAUAAAAAAUCGAAUGAAAAGAUAUUAUUGAAAUAUAAACUUGAUUUAAUUUAGGCACGGCGGUCGAGUGGUUAGCGCGCAGACCUCACAGCUAGGAGGACCAGGGUUCGAUUCCAUCCUCGGCCAUCUCUGUGUGGAGUUUGCAUGUUCUCCCCGUGCAUGCGUGGGUUUUCUCCGGGUACUCCGGUUUUCCCCCCACAUUCCAAAAACAUGCUAGGUUAAUUGGCGACUCCAAAUUGUCCAUAGGUAUGAAUGUGAGUGUGAAUGGUUGUUUGUCUAUAUGUGCCCUGUGAUUGGCUGGCGACCAGUCCAGGGUGUACCCCGCCUCUCGCCCGAAGACAGCUAGGAUAGGCUCCAGCACCCCCGCAACCCUCGUGAGGAAAAAGCGGUAGAAAAUGAAUAAAUGAAUGAAUGAUUUAACUUAGUUUUACCAAAAUGUGGUAAUCAGGAAAAAAGCCGAAAGAAACAAACAAAAGGAAGCCAUUGUAGGGGGCCACACGGUGGUCGAGUGGUUAGCACACUCAGGAGAUCGGGAAUACCUGGGUUCGAAUGUCCGCAUGGACAGGUCUGUGUGGAGUUUGCAUGUUCUCCCUGUGCGUGCAUGGGUUUUCUCCGGGUACUCCGGUUUCCUCCCACAUUCCAAAAACAUGCUAGGUUAAUUAGCGACUCCAAAUUGUCCAUAGGUAUGAAUGUGAGUGUGAAUGGUUGUUUGUCUAUAUGUGCCCUGUGAUUGGCUGGCAACCAGUCCAGGGUGUACCCCUCCUCUUGCCCGAAG